AUGGCCUCGGUUGGAGAUGUCGAUCGGAUCAGUGCCCUCCCCGACGAUUUGCUUCACUUCAUCCUGAGCUUCGUGCGCGACGCCAAGGCCGUCACGCGCACGGCCGCGCUGUCCAGGCGAUGGCGGCGCGUGUGGAUCUAUGCGCAGCAACUGGCGCUAUUGGGCACCCAAGUGAGACCCGGCGCUGACCCAGGCCAGUUCGUGGAUUGGGUGUUAGCUCAGCGAGGUGAAGCUGAUAUAGAAGCUCUCAGCAUCAGCAUGUCCAGAUUUUCGCUUGUGUACACCUCGCAGGAGAAGGUUCCAGCUUCCGGCGGCUGCGUCGGCCAAGUACGAAGCGCUUACAGAGCUCAAGCUCUGCACACGGACGUUGGUUUCUGGCUAUUGGAGAAGUGCCCUAGCGUUGAACACGUAGGCGUGUGGCUUGAACAUCAGCCGUCUCCUAGCAGUGUCAUCGAGGGUGACAUUGUUGUUGAUUUGACGGUGGAAGGCGCGGCGCCAUUUGCCAGUGUUAGGAGCAUGGAUAUCACCAUGCCAAUGCCACGCCGGAUGCGUUUCUUCUGUGAUGAGCACUAUGCACGGACAGAUCACCAGGCGAUCUCCUUGGAAUCACUAGAAGACGUGAAACUAAUCGGUUUUGGAGGAGCGGACGAGGACAUGGACCUUGUGAGAUUAUUAUUUGCAAGCUCCAAGAACUCAAUCAAGAGCAUGACUUUAGAAGAAAUAACUAAGACUUCCGGUACGGUUUCUUUGAAACGGAUGAUGGCAGAAGAUGGCAAUGGCACGGAGACGAUUGAUCAGAAACUAAUGAAUAUCCAUACUGUUGAUCGCGGGCGUUGGCAUUUUGGGGAUACCAUAUACACUUGGACGUGCUAG